UAGUUAUAAAAAUUAAUCCCUGAACAGAGAACAACGCGACCAGCACAGAGUUUCUAAAUGGUGCCUUCAAAGCACCUGGGAAAAAUACGAGGUCAAAUCAUGACGUCAGUGAUCUUCAGGUCGGAGGUCUAGAAAGAGGCCCAAAUUGAAAUUCUGAGUUGGAUGUCCGUUCAAAACGAUUUUCCCCAGUCGGAGCGCGGUUUGUUUUCGAGUUACCAGUUGUCUUGAAAGCACUUAAGUCGGCCAUUUCCGAGUUGUUUUGGACGCGUCAUAAAUACUAACAGUAUGUGGCGCCUCAGUGUUAACGUUCUGAAUUUUCGCCAUCGUUGACGUCUUUUGUACGUUUCGAAGUUCUCUCAGUUUGUGUGGUCAGUAAGUUUACCGACUUUCAAACAACACUUUGUUUUACUACAAGAACCUGAAGAGUACUGCAAACAAAUAUAUACAAUCUGAUCCACUUAAAGCUUGACGGACGACAAUCUAUGCAGAGUCCAGAUUGGAGAGGGAAUACAUUGGUGGUGCCUGUCAUCAAAAGCUAAAAUGAUCACCAGACGAAGAGGUCAUUCAGACAACACUGAUGUGGAGGAGCACACCUCAAAUUGUCCUUUUGGAAUUGAAGUCCCUGACUUUGAAACUGUACAUUUUAAAACGAGUCCCUACGAAGACAUUAGCUCAGAGAAUGGGGAUAGUACAGUCGGAUUAGAGCUUGAUGGUUUAUUUGGAAUCGACAAGUUAGACUGGACAUUUGAGAAGGAUGCCGUCUCCCCUCUUUUUGACAUUGGAUUGACCGAAUUAGGUGUGGGUGACACAACAGAUCAAGAUUUUGGAAUUGGCGCGUCCAGGACGCCAUCGCCAGAAGGAAUGUCUGCAGGUCAGAAAAGGAAGAGGAGAGAGAACCUGUCUGGGCGCAUCAUCAACAGGAACGCCAUCGCUGCAAGAAUGAAUCGUCUGAAAAAGAAGGAAUACGUAAACGGGCUGGAGAAUAAAGUCGGGUCUCUGUCGUCAGAAAACCACAUACUUAAACAGGAAAACGUCCAAUUGAAUAAGAGGGUGGAAGAGUUGGAAGAUGAGUCGAAGUACCUGAGAGCUGUGUUGGCCAACGAGAGUAUGUUAGCCCAGCUGUUGUCAAGGCUGAGCGGUGUGAAUGGCAUGAAAUUAUCUUCCUCGCUUUUCCAGGAGUCCAACAAGAACGAAGACCACGAUUAUGCCUUGCCUAGGAAACUUGUGAAGAUGGAGAAGGAGACCUCUGGUGGCGUCUGUCUGCACGUGGACAAGAACCACGUCUCAGUGGAGUUCUGCACUAAGUGUGCAGAGAGUGCAAGCGCAUCACUCAAAAUGUAGGGUCGAGUACUUUUAUCUGUUUUCAGAUGUUGAGACUGAACCUGAUUUAACCUCAGAGUAAAAAAUAUCAGGAGAAUUUAUGAACACUUAAAACUGUUUUGAGAUCAUUAGUUAAGAAUUGUUGAAUGAGCAUGUGUGAAAUCUUAUGAAACCAAUGAUUAUAAGAACACAUUACUCGUUAAACCUUGUUGCCAGUUUUCUUCUAGGUGAUGAUUGUUCAACCAUGCUGGAUGAAUGGGUUACAGAACGUCCCUGUCUGCUUGGCUCCAUGUGGAUUCUGCUGUCGGAAGCUGAAGAGGUGGAACUCGCUGCUGCCAACUUGGCCUGUUAUUUUUUUAAAGGUAGUAUAACAAAUAGUGCAAGUGACUACCAGUAUCCCACCACACAUUUGAAAAAAGUAGUGAAUUUAGAAUAUUGUGGAUGACAAGUGUUCCACUACCUAUUGCAUUGACAAUAUCAGAUGUUGUAUAAUAGUUUCUUCGCAAGUUUAACUUGACUUGUGUUGACACUUUUCAAUGUAACACAUUUGUAAAAGUAUAUUUUAUUAUUGAUGUGGUGAUCCUGAUAGAAAUGGACUUCACCAAUGUUGUAUAAACUGAGUCAGUAUGUCUUGAAGAAUUAUGUAUAAUACAAGAUUUUGUGCCAAUCUCUAAACGAGAUUUUUUUUUUAAGGAAGAUUGGUUUUGAUAAAGUAAUUGACAAUAAAUCUUAUUUUGAUUA